GCGGCUGGAAGUGGUGUCGGAGAGAUGAAGGUCAUUUUACGAGGAGUUGUGUUAAAAGGUAGUGGAUUACCCCUCGGCAAAGAAGGACCGUUUGUUCACAUGGCAGCGAUGGUAACCAAUCAACUCAUUAAACUAUUUCCCAUCCGAAGUCAGAAUGAAUACGAGUCCAGAUUUCUAGAUCUGAUAGCUGUUGCGUGUGCUGUCGGUGUGGCCACUACUUUUGCAGCUCCAGUCGGUGGAGUGUUGUAUAGCAUAGAAAUCGUUUCUGUAUUCUUCUCCGUGCGGUCGUAUUGGAUGGGAUUCUUUGCCGCCACUAUCGGCGCUCUCUUCUGGCGACUCUUCACUGUUUGGUCUCAUAUGGAGGACAAUAUCACUCAUUUGUUUAAAACCAAUUUUCGCAGAGAAUAUCCAUACGAGACGUUGGAAUUAAUCUCAUUUGCCAUUUUGGGUGUAUUCGCGGGCAUCAGUGCCUUUCUAUUUGUCACUCUUCAGCGCCAUAUCGUGCUCUUCAAUAGAAAGCGAACCACUUUUCAUAUAAUUCUUCAACGAUAUCCUCUUAUAUACCCGGUUUUGGUCACAACCAUUAUAUGUCUCGUAUCAUUCCCACCAGCUUUUGGACAGUAUUACGGGUCGUGGCUCUCAUCAGAACAAUCAAUGCAUGAAUUGUUUAGUAACUAUACGUGGGGGACAAUUGCCGAUCAUAUAGAUAAAGACGAAAUCAUUGAUAAUUGGAAGACACCCAACACAUCAGUAUAUGUGACUACAUUCUUGUUUUUUGUCAUGAAUCUAGUGAUUGUAGCGCUUGGAUCAACACUACCUGUUCCCAGUGGUCUUAUAAUACCGAGCUUUAAAAUCGGUGCCGGACUUGGAAGAUUUUACGGAGAAUGGAUGGCAUAUAUAUUUCCAAAGGGAAUAAAUCCAUAUUACGACAGAACAGAUCUCCCGAUCAUUGCCGGAGCUUACGCUGUGGCCGGUUCUGCGGCUUUUGCCGGCGCCAACACAGGUGCUCUAUCGUCGGCGGUCAUCAUAUUUGAGGUGACGGGACAAAUGACACACUUAUUACCUGUAAUCAUAGCGGUUAUCACUGCAACUCUGGUCGCCCAACGACUCGGCCCUUCCAUAUAUGAUAGUCUUAUUAAACUUAAAAAGUUGCCGUAUUUGCCACCAAUAAUUCAAUCCAGUUCUUCAGCGCACAGACUAUUUGUUCAAGAAUUCAUGGAAAGAGAUCUGAUGGUGAUAGACAUGUCUCAGGAGGAACAGGCGGCCUGGGAAGAGGAUCAGCUCAACUCAAUUGUGGACUUCUCAACGUGUCGUAUAGAUCCGGCGCCCUUUCAAUUGGUUGAGAAAACAACUUUACUUAAAGUCUACUCAAUAUUCUCGAUGUUAGGCCUAAAUCACGCUUACGUCACAUCAAUCGGACGAUUAGUCGGAGUUGUGGCCCUUAAAGAUUUGCGAAUAGCAAUCGAGCAAAUGAACCAGGGUAUUUUGGUACCACAGAGUACGACAACGCCGUCCAUUAUAAUCAAUGCAUCGGAUUCUGAUCUGCACUACGAGGACACCAUCACAUCUGUGGCCACAAACGACUCAGAAAUGACUCGACAAAGUGAUAAAGAAAUUGAGACAAAUAAUGUUUAAUCAAUUGAAUUAUCAACAAAUUAUAUGAUUAAAUAUACUCCGAAUUUAUUAAUCAUUUGCCAAAUGUGUUAACAACUGAAUGAGUGCUCAAAGUUUGCAUCUUUGAAAAACUGUGUUAUCG